UCGAAUUUUUCGGCCAUCUCUAUCAAUCAUCGUUUUCCUGCAACACUUCUCCAAGAGCUGCAGAUUUUAUUCCACAUUUUUGCACUUUUCGCAAAUUAAAACUUAACUUUAAUAUAAUCCAACAAAAUGUUAGGUCGUGCAAGUCUAUUGGCCCGCAAUUUGGUUAAAUCCAAUGUCCGAUUCCAUUCCCACGGUGGUAUCCCCGGUGAGAAUUUGCCAAUGGACAUUCAUAACCGAUACAAGCUGACAGCUUUGUUCAUCUUGUUUGUCGGAUCUGGACUUGGUGCUCCCUUCUUGGUUGUCAGACAUCAACUCCUCAAGAAGUAAAUGAGAUCUUUGAAAGAUUUCUUUUGCAGAAAAACCUCCAUACUAACAACCUGUGGAAUUAAAUGUAAACCAAACUUUAAAUAAAUUAAAUUACAAAUAUAAUUUAAAA